UAGCUACACCGCACACACAGUCGUAUUUUCACUGUGUCCUCUUGUGUUCUCAGCACAAGGCUGGCACUCUGCUCUCUGUGAGCACAGUUAUUUUCACCCCGUCUCUCGGAAGCCUGCGAAAAAGACCUGAACACUCUGCCUAAAUCAGUUGCGGCUUUAGCAGCCAUUGGCUGUUUUGGUUUUUGGUGGAAGAAUAGAGUGAAAAGAGUGAGACAGUCCUCAAGUUCCAAAGCUGCAUUUCUUCCGAGAUGGAACCUGUGAAACUUUGGGUGGUAAGGCUCCUGCUUGUGCUGCUGUGCUCAACCCAGGUGCUGUUCUCUGCUGUAGUAAGUGCCAAAGACUUGAAUGAAAUGGAGAAAAGCCUCCACGUUAGAAAUGCUGAGGAGGUUCUGGCUGAAGAAGCUGAAACAGCUGAGGGUGGUGAUGGCACUGAGGAAGAUGAUGAACAUGUAGAAGAGGAGAAAGAUGAUGAAGACUCAGAUGAUGAUGAGAUAGAGACUGAUGAACAAGUGGAAGAAGAAAAAGAUGAAAAAGAACAGGAGGAUGAGAAGGAGACAGCAGAGGAGGAAGCUGAGGAGGAAGAUGACAAGGCUGAUAAGGAAGAGGAAGAUGAUGCUGAGGAGAAAGGAGAUGUUGAGGAAGAGGAAGAGGAAGGUGAGGCUUCUGAUGAGGAUGAUGCAGAAGAGGAAGAAUCUGAAGAAGAAUAUGCAGCAGAUGAAGAUGAAGAGGAGGAGGUGGAUGAAGAUACAGAUGAGAAUGGUGAGGAGGAGGUGGAUGAAGAUACAGAUGAGAAUGGUGAGGAGGAGGUGGAUGAAGAUGCAGAUGAGAAUGGUGAGGAGGAGGUGGAUGAAGAUGCAGAUGAGAAUGGCGAGCAGGAGGUAGAUGAAGAUGCAGAUCGUGAGGAGGAGGUUCUUGAGGAAGUCCCAGCUGAUAAUGAGGAAGAUGACGAGGAGGAACCAAGAGAAGAGGAUGACGAUAAAGCAACUCAAGGAGAUAAGGAAGAGGAGGCUGACAGUGCUGAAGAGGAUACACAUGAGGAUGACUCUGAAGAGGAAGAUGAUGAGUCUGAAGGUAAAGACACAAAGGACAACCAAAGUGACUCAGAUGAAGAGGAGGGAGCUGCUGACACUCCACAGUUCCACUCUGGAUCGUUGUGUAGUGUUUGCUCCAUUUGUGAGCAUUGCUCUAAUGACUGUGCCAAGUGCCCGUGUGAGGAAGGAGAUGAGUCAGAUCACUGCGAGCACUGCCAAGGUUGCUCAACCUGCUACAUUUGUCCCAUUCUUUGUGACACAGUUUGCACACCGGGUGGUUUUGUUGAUGAGCUGACUGGAUCCCUCUUUCAGACUCUUGCCUCUCUGCUCUGAGCUCCCUGAGAAUUAUGUUAAUUUCCUUAUGUGGGAAACUACUCCCCUGACUUCACCACAUCAAACAUGAGCUUGUCAUGAAACAAAAGCAAAGAAAUAUUUAUGUUUUAAAUCAUACCUAAAGCUCUCUUGUAAGAAGAACAGAAAAAUAUCAGUAUGCACAGAUUUUGCAAAUAUGAUUUCUUCUUUCUGCCUUUUUCUCUUCUUUUGUCUUUUUAUUGUUAUAAAAAGAUAUAUAAAGGUUGACACACUUGACAUGACAUGAAUCAUGCAGACAAGAAAAUAUAUAUAAAAUACAUAUAAAUGGUAAAAGCAGAAGUGUUUAUAGGCAUAUGUAUGACUGCAGUAGAGGCCAAAAGGAACAUGAACAUUAUGAAAAUUUGUGUCCUUUUUGAGUUCUGUUGUCUUGCAUUCUGUUAGAGUAUAAUUUAAUGCUAAAACAUUGUAUUACCUGUUUUUGCAUUAUCCAGUAAAUAUUGUUGUUCUUUUGAUAAAAAUGUGUUCAGCGUAGCUGAUUUGUGCAUCAUGAGCAUCCUUUAGCUUCUGUGAUUCAAUUGCUACACUCUGAUUGGUUCACAAUAAAGAAUUGGGUUCAGAAAGGAAAGUUGUGGGUUAAAGAUUUGGUAAACAAGGGGUAAUUCAGGCACUUAGUCUUCCAUAUACACAGAAACACAAUUAAUUAACCAAAAGGGAAAAAUGGUCCAAAUCAAAGCUGAAACUUGAUACCAACAUUUUAAAAAUCUUUUCUAAUAAGUAAACAUUCAAACCUGUCAAUCAAACAGGGACCCCGCGAUGCAUGUCUUUUUUGUUAGCAGUUUGUUGUCUUUAAGCUCAAACCAAAACCACUGUGCUUAUUUUGUCGACAGACUGCCACAGACCAAGAGGUAAGGCAUGGCUGCUUUAAAGCACUACUCAUUGUGACAAAUGAAUCAAAGUAAAUAGGAAAAAUUAAUCUAGUAUACUCAGAAGUAAACAUCAGAAAAUUACAUGUGAUAAUAUUUUUUAAAUAAAACAAUACAUUUUUAUCUAAAUUGGUAAGAUAUAGUGUGAUCUUUUUGAGAUUCCUCGCUAGUUAGAAAACAAAUUUUGUUCAUUUGUCAGAGAGAAAAAACCCCAACAACAAACAGCAACAAAUUGUCAAAGUCACAAAUGUUUUCAUGUCAAGAUCAAGUCUCUCUCUGAUCCACACAGUCACUUUCAUUUGCCUAUAUACUGUAUGUUCAGUCCGUAACACGCCAUGGUCUUUAAUGUUUUGGAAAAAGGAGGUGUUGUGUGUUUGCUGUAUUUCUGUUCUGCAUAAACACAAAGAGAACUGGGCCUAAUGAAGCAUAGUGAUGAAUGUGUGAGGACAUGAAGGACAGAAAACCUGUUGAGUAGGUUCACUUACCAAAGUGAUGUGUGUACAAACACAAGACUGAGUGACAUUAAACAUUACCAGGUAACAGACAUGCUGCCCGUGUGAUACAAAAAACUGCAAAUCUCUGUACCUUUACCUAACAAUAUUUUGUAAUAAGCUGACAUAUGAAUGAUGGGCAUUGAUUAUUGGAUUUUAUAAAUUUGUCUCUGCUGUUGACUGACUAGUGUAAUUACUAAUCAUUUAAUAAUUAUUAACUGUGAUUUGUGAAUGUUUUGUGUAUAAUUGUUUUAUUUUAUUUGAUAAUAGUUUGUGGAUGGUCACACGAUCACUGUAGUAUUGACUGCAAAUAGAUACUUGUCUGUAGGUAUGUGUAUCAUUAUUCAGUGUUUUGCAUAAGACCCUGCUUAUAUGUUCACUUUUAUUUUGUCUAGAUUAUUCAGAGGAGUAAUAGAUGCUAAGGGUGAUUUUUCUGGACUAUAAAAAAUAAAAAAUA